GGGAGGAUCUGCUGGAGAUGAGGACUCCUCUGGUCACCUUGCUGGCUGCUGUGCUCUGUGUGGAACAAGUUUAUCCAUUCAUGUGCUACACCUGCCAAGAACAGGAGUCCAACAAGGACUGUUUGACCAUUUCCAUGUGUGCCAAGGAGGACAAACACUGCGUGACCAUCCGGAAGGAUGUCGGGACAAAGCCCAACAAGCCUAAAUACGUCAUCUCCAAGAUGUGUUCUCCAACGUGUCCAGAAACAGGCCAGCAACAAAUCCAAAGCUCCCAGAAUGUUUCCUGCUGUGAGAAACCCCUGUGCAACGUGAAUGGAGUCAGCAGCAGGCAAAGCAGCCACGGAAUGAUGUCCCUGGGUGUCCUGGCCAGCGUCACUUACAUCUUUACAUAUGGAUUGUGAUGGGUUUGGAAG